AUGUUGAGCUUUCUCUCAGUCUGCGGCCUCAUCCUUCUUGCACUUGCCACGGCCGCGCUCCAGCGCUGGAUCCAAAACCGCAAAUCAGUACCAGUGCCGGUAUCUGUCAACUAUCACUUGACGCGAAAAUGCAACUACGAAUGCGGUUUCUGCUUCCACACGGCCAAAACUUCAUACAUACUCCCACUCGAAAAUGCCAAACACGGUCUCGCCCUUCUUCGCAAAGCAGGAAUGCAAAAACUUAACUUCGCCGGCGGAGAGCCCAUGCUAUACCCCGGAUUCGUCGGCGAACUGGCCAAAUACUGCAAAGAUGGUCUUGGAUUAGAAUCCGUCUCGAUCGUCACCAACGGAAGUCUAAUCAAGCCCAAAUUCUUCGCCUCAUACGGCAAAUACAUUGAUAUCAUUGCUGUGUCUUGCGAUUCCUUCAACGAGGAGACGAAUGUACAAAUUGGACGUGGAAAGGGCUCGCAUUUGGAGAAGUUGGAGGAGCUAAGGAAGAUGUGUCGAAAGGAACGCGUCAAAUUCAAACUGAACACUGUCGUCGGCAAAUACAACUUUCAGGAGGAUAUGAACGAGACAAUUACGAGGCUCGACCCGUUCCGCUGGAAAUGCUUCCAGGUACUGGUAGUGGCUGGAGAAAAUGAUUCCGACAAGACUCUGCGCAAUGCAACGCGGUUCACCAUCACCGACAAGGAGUACCAGCAGUUUUGCGACAAGCAUUCCCACAAUAAAUGCUUCGUCCCGGAACCAAACAACAUCAUGAAGGACUCUUACCUCAUUCUCGACGAGUAUAUGAGGUUUCUAGAUAAGGGGAAUAAUCCGUCCAAGUCGAUCCUGGAAGUUGGGGUUGACUCCGCCUUGAAGGCUGUUUUCUGGGAUGAGAAGAGUUUCGUGGAACGAGGGGGCAUAUAUGAUUGGACGAAAGAAGGAAACAGAAAUCCUGAGACUAAUCUGGAUUGGUGA